CACCAUCCACAUUGAAUGACCACACGCGGAAAGACAUGAGAUAACACCAAAUAAAACUUUGGAUGUUUGAUUUGGUGGCGUAAGUUAGCAUGCGGUCAUCUGUGGGCGAUCUUAGCUUCAGUCAGAGGCUCACUCGGUUAACGUUAUUGUUUGCCAUAUGUUAAAUACAGACUCUAACGUUAACCUGAACAGCAGCGACACUUUGAUGCUCCGAGUUUAACACACCGGUCUCCUGCAAGGUAGCUAAGAGAAAGAGACACCUCUUCUUGGACACCAUGGCUCCACACCCGGUGGUCCAGGCCAUCAUCGACCUAUCUGCUGGAGCCAUAGGGGGAGCUGCAUGUGUCUUCAGUGGGCAGCCUUUAGACACAGCAAAGGUGAAGAUGCAGACCUUUCCUACGAUGUACCGGGGUUUCAUCCACUGCUUCACAUCCACCUACCAACAAGUGGGUCUACGUGGACUCUACCAGGGCACCACGCCGGCACUGAUGGCCAACAUCGCCGAGAACUCGGUGCUCUUCAUGAGCUAUGGAUUCUGUCAGCAGGUUAUCCGCUUCGCGGCUGGACUGCACAGCGAAGCUGUGCUGAGUGACACGCAGAAAGCCUGUGCGGGCUCAGUAGCAUCCAUCUUCUCUUCGCUCGUGCUCUGCCCCACUGAGCUCGUCAAGUGUCGGCUGCAAGCCAUGUUCGAAAUGGAAGCAUCAGGCAAGAUUUCUAAGAGCCAGAACACAGUUUGGUCGGUGGUGAAAUCCAUCAUGAGGAACGAGGGACCGCAGGGCUUCUUCCAGGGCCUCACCACCACCAUAGCCAGAGAAGUCCCCGGUUACUUCUGCUUCUUUGGCGGCUAUGAGCUCAGCCGCACCAUGUUUGCAGACUACAUGAAAUGUGACAAAGACGACAUAGGUGUGGCUCCAAUCGUGUUCUGCGGCGGUUUCGGUGGGGCGUGCUUGUGGCUGGUGGUCUAUCCCAUGGACUGCGUCAAGUCCCGUAUCCAGGUCAUGUCUAUGAUGGGCAAACAGGCAGGGUUUUUCAAAACCUUCAUGACCAUUGCUCGUGCUGAAGGGGUGAGGGCACUCUACUCGGGCCUUACCCCCACCAUGGUCCGCACCUUCCCUGCUAACGGAGCCCUGUUCCUGGGUUAUGAGGCCAGCAGGAAGCUCAUGAUGAAGCAGUUUGACAGCUAAAAUAUGCAGAUACAAGUGAAGGAGAGGUGAACUGGACAUAAAGUAUUAUAGCCAUAUAACCUCAUCAAAACUCCAGUUGAAGCUUUGGAGCUUUUAAUGUGUGGGAUCUGGUUUCAACCAUUUCCUGUUUUUGUUUAACUUACCUAAAAAAUGCCACACUCCAUCUCUUUUUAACGUAGGAAAACACCACCUCUGACAUAGUGUUUACAGCGUUGAAGUCUUCAUUUUAAUUUAUUUGUUAGAUUUAGCUAUAGUUUCUUUAUAAUUUCUAAAAAAUGCUUUUGCCAACAGACAUACUUAUAUGUGAAAAAUGACAUUAUGUGCAGCACAGUACUGACCAACCUAAAUCAACCUCUUCAUGAGGAACUGUUAACACUCCAGUUUAUUAAUUUAUGUCUACCUCAACAAAGUUGUAUCCACACAGAAACAUCUUUUUCUGCCAUUCAUUUCAAAUCAUUCUUUACUUUCUCUGUAUGGAGUUACAUGGGUAGGAAAAACACUCCGUUAUCUUUAUAACCAUGCUUGAGCUCAUUGCAUGAUUGCAAGAUUUUAUUUAGACUUGUGAAGUGGCAUAUUAGGCCUGGGCGCUCUCUAUUUUCCCAUAUCUUCACACCUACUAGAGUUAUAUAAUACAUGGUGAUAUUUGUAUACAACAAACAAACAAAAAAAAAAGUAAACGCUGAGUUUAGUUUCAGCUGGUAGAUGUUUUCGAGUGGCAAGUUCACUCGGUUCAAAUUUAAAAAAAAAAAAAAACAAUAAAAACUCUUAAACCUUAUUAGAAAGAAGAAAUACAACCAUGCACCUUUGAGUUUCUCAAAACUCACCAAAACCAUACAUUAUUAUCACUGAGCUGGAGGAGAAAAUAUGCUGGCUCUGUCUUGCAGUCUCUCUCUGCUGUUGCAGGAUGUUUGUUUUUUCUGCUGGUCCUGUCUGCAGUCACCAUCUUCCUCAGCUCAGCUGCCUGUUCCUGCUGCAGAGACUGACCUCUUGUGGCAUGUGCUAUGGACUAUGUGGACCCAAUUCAGUACUGUAUCUGUAUUAGUUUAAUAGAAAGAAGAGCAUCUGUAUUUUAGACAGCGAGACGGGGCUUGACAAUAUCAUAUCUUCUGGAUUUCUAAAUACCCUGAUGUACCAUAAUGUGAUGAUACGCUCAAUCCUAUAGGCUUAUACUAAUUCAUUUAAGUUGCCUUAAAUAUGUUGUGAUGACUUG